AUGUGUCUCCAAUGUCUUGGCAGUCCUUUUCAUUUCUCUUUAGUCAAGCAAGCAAACUUACUACGAGGGGUACCGUCUUGGCGCGAUGCAGGAUAUCGGGCCCUCAUGCUGAGAUUACAAUUUAGGAGACCAACAGCCAACUAUGUGGAGCAACAGACGUUACAGGACCCUGAGUGGGGUAAGGACGAUGUUGCAAUUAUGGACAGACUUGCGCAGUGUAUUCUCAUGGCGGAUGCAAUUGAAGUAAGGAUUCUGAGGUUUGAGGAAUCUAUACAGUUGCAGGGUGAGAGUCUGAGUGAUUAUAUGACUCGUUUGCAACUGUUGGCAGGUCAAGCAUUUGCUAAAGAACCAGCUGAUAUUGUACGGAAGCGUGUUGUAUGGCGAUUUCUCUCGGGGUUGCACGAUGCAGAUGUUCGAUCCCUAUUGAUUAGAGAGAAGUGGAUGGAGUCAGCCGAGACUGCCAAGUCGUAUGAUGAGGUGGGGAAAAUUGCAUUGGCAGCUUUGUCUACCAAACGAGCAACUAAAGCAACAGGAUCUAGGAAUUCCAGUGUCCAUGUGAAUCAAAUUGAGGGUUCAAAGAAGAAAUUUUCAGUGAGGACUGCUCCACACGGGAGCUUGGAGCAGUCUGUACAAAUGAAUUCUACUUCCGCUUUCCAAUGCACUGUGGCUUUGGUGCAGCCAAAGGUGAAGGGUCAAAUGAGAUAUCGGCAUGUGCUCUCCAGCCGAGCAGCAACUCGGGAAUUGAAAAAUAUUACAAAUUACGUUACUGUGGAGAUGAUGAAAACUAAGUAUAAUGCUGAGAAUGCAGUUGUGAUACCUCCUAGGACAAAAUUAUUUAUAUGCUGCUCAGCUGAUGGGAUGGUUCCAGAUAAGCAGUAUCUGUUGUGUCCCCAACACCCUGAGGGUUCUCCGGUUGCCCCUCCUCAUUGCUGCAUCCAAGGCUCAAUAAAGAAGAAAAUGUAUGUGAGAGUUGCAAAUGUAUCGGAUAAACAUGAAACUGUGCAGAGUGGAGAGGAGAUCAGGGAACUAUUGCCCAGUGGGGUAGGAUACGAUGGAAACCAUAGCCUUUUAAGUUCGAUUGAGGGGAAAAGAGGAAAUUUCAUUGUUGGAGAGGAAAUGGACAAGGUACUUCAUGAGUUCAAGAAUGUUUUCUAUAAUGGAGGCCCACUGCCGCUGGUACAGGUAGGGGUGGAGCACACAAUCAGAGUUAACCCAGACUCAGCACCAAUAGCAAAUAGACUGCGGCGGUUGUCACUUGCUUUGGAGGCAAAAGUCAAGGAGCUAAGCAAACUUCAGGAUAUGGGUGUAAUAAAGAAAUCAUAUAGCUCUUGGGCAGCUCCUAUCGUUUGCGCUCGUCGAGCUGAUGGAAGCCUUCGGUUGGCUAUUGAUUAUAGGGGAGUAAAUAGCGUUUCCCAGCCAGCAACAUUGCAUCCAAUUCCUGUGGUCGAGGAUCUUCUUGAUAGACUUGGUCAGGCAAAAUACUUUUCAGUGCUUGAUGCAAAGUCUGGAUACCAUCAUAUGCCUCUUCAGAAGGAGGAUUGUGAGGUCUCGGCCUUUGUAGUCCCAUGGGGGCAGUUUGAAUGGCAUGAUAGAACUCCUUUUGGUCUGAAAGGGGCAGGUUAUACGUUUCAGUGGAUGAUGGCUACAAUACUCAGUGAUUGCAUCUAUAUGGAUGCACUGUGUUAUCUCGACGACAUACUGGUCUGGGGUUCAACAUAG